UUUGACACGGUUAGUCUAAGCUUCGAUGCGCCGCCAUUUCUGACUUUUUGUCUGGAGAAUUUCUAAGAUUUCUGGUGCCUCUGAAAGAAAUUGAGGAUGGAGGAAGUCGUGGCGAGUGUCGGAGGGAUCAGGUUUGAGAUGGAGAUCGCGAUUGAGGAGCAGAGAGGCUCACAGCCGCUUCCUUUCCCCGGAAUGGACAAAUCCGGAGCUGCGAUCUGUGACUUCUUUGUGCGUGGGAGCUGUGUGAAGGGUGCGAGCUGUCCCUUCAGACACGUGCGCGGGGAGAAGAGCGUGGUCUGUAAACACUGGCUGAGGGGGCUGUGUAAGAAGGGAGACCAGUGCGAGUUUCUACACGAGUACGACAUGACCAAGAUGCCUGAGUGUUACUUCUAUUCAAAAUUUGGAGCUUGUAGUAAUAAGGAAUGUCCAUUCCUGCACAUUGAUCCUGAGUCCAAGAUAAAAGACUGUGCCUGGUAUGACAGGGGCUUCUGCAAACAUGGGCCACACUGUAAGAACAGACACGUCAGAAGAACCAUGUGUAUGAACUACAUGGUAGGCUUCUGUCCAGAAGGGCCCAAAUGCAAGUACAAGCAUCCCAAGUUUGAUCUUCCAAUUUCUGACACUGCGACAAAGAAGACGUCUAUAGUUUGCCAUCACUGUGGGGAGAGCGGCCACAAAGCCAUCAGUUGUCCCAGUAACCCCAAUGCACAGCCCGAAGCACAGAACUUUACAUCACCUUCUCACGGGCCUGGCUACACGUUCCGACCGCGAGAGGAGCGCGGGCCCGCCGGACAGUACAGACCGCUGGAGUCUGUCACGUGUUUCAAGUGUGGAGAGAAGGGCCACUAUGCCAACAAGUGUCCCAAGGGUCACCUGGCAUUCCUUAGUACAUCGCUACACCCCGGUCAGCAGCACGGCUCACCCGGUCAUCCUCCACCAAGACCACUCGGACCUCCCCCUACAAGACCACUCGGGCCCCCUCCACAAGUCCCCUCCUGAUACGCAGUUGGAAAACAGAACUAAGAAGAUGUGUACAAAAAAUUGUAUAUAUAGCAAAGAAUGUCAUACAGUCCAUUUACAGUACCUUUGUGUCUUUUCUACACUGCCCAGAAGUUGACUAUGUGGUGCUGGAGUCAUACAGACAGUACAGAGUAGUAAUUUUCUGUCAAAGCAGCAGUAUAUUGCUGACAAUAACUUUAACUGUUCAACAUGGUGCAUGCUUCUCCAGUGUGUAGUUGUUUACCCAAAUAUGCAAUCCAAAUUGUAUAUAUUCGUCCAACUCUGCUGCAGUAUCUUUCUAUCCUGCUAGAUGGUGUGCAUAUGAAAUGCAGUAUGCACUGGAACAGUCGGUUAUCAAAAAGUGAAAUUUAAGAUAUCUGCGUCUUUAUCCUGAGAAUGUGUGUGAGGCAGCUGUGGCCAUAAAUACGACACAUUUCUAUGUGUACAAGGACAUUUAUGUAUUAAAAACUGUCUACUCUUGGAUACAUGGAAGGUAGUUAGGAACAUACAAAUAAAGUAUGACAAAAUACAGACGAAAUUGUUGUGCCUCUGUUGUC